UACACCACCGCGACUUGAUUGAUUGUACUGGGAUAAUUAACAUAUAUAAAGUUGCCGUUUUUAUUUGACAAAAGACAAGUAUUUGAAACUGAAGACCGAAACUAUCAUAGAGCGCUCACACCUCCUUUCUGGUGUUUCAUAGCUUUCGUCAAUGAGCAUUAGAAAAAUGGAAAAGAAGGUAUUGUUGUCAUUCUUAGCAUUCAUUUCUGGAGCUUGGGCAACAGAUGAGAGCUCGGAAGAGUCAUAUACAGAUGAAGAAUUCGUUCCUACUGAAAAUACUGGUAUGCUUAGAAAAGUCCACUGGCAGGAUUUCAAAGUCGAGUUAAUCGUUUUGUCUGUAUUUGCUUUGUACGUUUUCUCAUUUAUCACCAAAAAACGCAAAAACGCCGAUUUUGCUUCUCGUUGGUACAACUCUUUACAAAGCUUGUUUCGUAACCAGUUUUCUCAAUAUGGUCCAGGAAGGAAUAUGUCCCCCGUUAUUAAUGUCUCUCCUACCGAGUACUCGUCGUAUCUCACCGGUCGAAUAAAUGUUAAAAAUGUUUACACUACAUUGCAACUCUUUCCACGUCAGGACUUGUUUACUUACGGUAUAAAUCAACUUGUUGAAAUAUUCAUGGGAAAUAUCAUGUCUCCGGUAUUACCCGUCGCCGACCGCUUCCAGGUAUUACUCAACCUUGGCAAUCAUGCCAAACCCUGGCAACCAUUUGUGUUUGCCAUCGUACGUAAGGACUGCAUGCGUAUUCUCCGUGAAACUAGAUUCGAUCUUAGUUUUACUAGAAUCUCUUCUCAUCCAUCACUUCCUGAUACCCAUGUUCUCAUGUCCGAAAAUCUUGAAUGUACCGAACGCAUCCUUAACCUUCCUCAAUUCCUUCCUUCCAUUCAAUCUUGCAUGGAAAAUCUUGAGUAUUUUAUCGUUACUGAUCAACCUUCUGCUGCUCCUGCUAACGAAAAAGAAUAUAUCGAAUAUCCUCGUAUUGAUGCCUCGAUUCGUAUCGACAACGUCGAUACUUUCAAUGAGCUUGAAAACCCCAAAGCUAAUGAUUUACUCAACACUUUAUUGUUAAUUGCUGACAAUACUGCUAAAUUCCAAUGGCGACCUGAAAUUACCAAAAAGCUGACUUCCUCUCGCAAGUUGGCCCUUGAAGAAAUUGUCCAUGCUUCUGCUGCUGCCAAAGCCACCAGAAGCAAAAAGUCCACUGCUUCUGAAGUUUCCAACUUAUCUGAAACUGAACAGAAGAAGCGCUUGGAGAAAGAGCGUCAACGCAAGAUCAAGAAACGCAGUAAGCGUGCUUAGAUGAAUGAUUAUGGUCAUUAGCAUUAGCAUCAAUUGUUAAUUGUCUCUUAGACUUGAAGAGCUAAUUUUACAUAUCUUACGAUAUACAUACAAAUAAUACGUACUAGAUAUCCAAAGGCUCAUUUUAUUAGUUACCUGCAACAAUCAAUAUAAUUUUUGAGAUUGCAAGGAUUAAGUUAUAGUAAUAAAGCCUUCCAUCCUAUAAAUUUUUAGUGAUUAAUUUUUGAUGGAUGAACAUUAUCCACUGUUUUCCUUAGGC